AUGGCUUUCUGCAAAGGCAACUUUUUUCUGUCUUCCCCAUACAGCACAAAUAUUUGUUUUAUACCUUACCUGUUUCUUCUUGUCCUUCAGCUUUUCAAGUUUGUUGAAGAAAAUGGUCAAAUAUAUUAUCCAAAUCCACCAAAGAUAGUGGCCCCCAACCCCAAUUUGAAAGAGCUCAAAUAUAAGUUUUCUCCAAGAAUAACCACUACAAGCCCAACAAUAAACAACCUUCUGAAAAUCACUGACAUGUUGCAAAAAGAAGCAUUGUAGAGGUGGCAGCUUUCAGGAAGGCCCAAAUUUGAACCCCUUCCAAAAUCUGCAUGUUCACUUUCCUACAAAGACUUCAAGUCCAGAUAUUUGGAUCAACAUACAGUAUUGGAAAACCCAGUUAACCUAAGUAAGCCAAGCUUACUGCUGGAUGUAAAGCAUGAGGAAAGUGGAAUUUUGUUGCACAGACUUUGCCAUCAAGAAACAUGUCUGCUUGCAUGGAGACCAGAGGAUGGGCCAAGGGAGAUAACACUGCCUGAAUGGAUCCCCAGCUGUGAAGUUCCUCAGGUCCAGACAGUGUUGAUAGCGCUGCAACCUUCCUUUUAUACAGCAGCACAAAAACAUUUACAUGAUUCCUUAAAACGAGAGAGAAAAAAUACUCAGAGAUAA